AUGCCACAGCUCCUGCAUCUUGCAGUCCCAGGCAGUGUCCGGCGUGCUGCCCACAACAAGUGUGCCGGGCAAGCACAAGCUGGAUCUCUUCAUCUGCCUGCUGACUUCCAAUGCGCUCCUUUACGGUCAGAGUCGCUCUCGCAGCCCUCCAUCAUCCCUCUGGGCAAGCAUUGGCCUCGUAGUGUCGACCGCGAAGCUCGUCUGUGCAGAGCAGAUUUGAGGCACAUGUGUCUUCCGGGAAGCAGGAAGCCAGGCAAGAAGAGGUUCCAGGCGCUUGCCAGAUGUCAGACUCGCUUCACCCAAACACGCGGGAGCCAAUGGCAGCAGGUUGGCUUAUACUUCUACGUCUUCGUUCUGAGAUGGCGAGGAUUGACGCAUGGCCACACGGCGCGGCCCCAGGCGGCUUGCCUCUUCGCCGGUGUAGCCGAGCUCCUUGGCAAAGAGCCCCUGGGGUGCCGAAACUCUGAGACCUGCCCGCCCACCUCCGCCGCGUCCGCACAUGCCGCAUCCAGUGUGUCCCCGACCGCAGCAAUUGCUGUGUCCACAGUGUCCGCGUGCUUGGUGUGCUCUGCAGGGCCAUCGUGCAUGGGACGUGCCAUUCCGAGCAACAGUGCCGAGUGUGCGGCACUGCUGCCAGCUUCUUCUGUCAUGAGCCCUGUGCGCCAUCGUGGUUUUGGAAGGGCAUGGCCCACGCAGUGCUUCGCAGAGGUUUCCGCCCCGGUCGCCGAGCCUGAGACAUGGCACCUGCGCAUCAAGCCAUUUUUCAAACCGGGCCGCAGAGCACCCGACGCAGGACAACUGCUCGCGUCUCAGCAUCGCACGGAGGGAUCCAGCCCCCAGCACAGGCCCUGA